GACAAAUCCAAGUGAAAUAAAAUUUGUGAAAUAUCUUGAUAGUAUUUAUUAUUGGAGAUAAACAGCAAACCAGAUUAAAACAUUUGUAUUGCAACUGUUCUCUAUGGCCGUGCAUUUCUGAUUUAUUCCCAUGGCAAGCCACUGGGGUGACGUUCAGGAUCCGGAAGUUGUAGAUGAUGACCCAGCAAAAUCUAUUUUGUCUUCAAUCCAAGGAAAAUUUAGGAAUGGCUUCAGUAAUUUUGACUUGCCACCGCUUCAUCAGCCAUCUUCUGCUCACAAAGGUCCAAGAAAAGAGCUUGCAAAGAAAACUGUGCCUUGGCUUAGGAUGCCUGUAGACAGUUUUGGACAAAAUCAUCUUUUGCACAGCAUUGAACUUCAGUAUUAUAAGAAGAAAAUGAGAUACAUGUUCUCCUUGGCUGCUUCGCAUCAAAUUGAUGUUAUGAAAAGUGGAUCAUCAGAAGUCACGCCAUUACCUUCACCUCCACCUCCUCCAAAACGAUAUUGCUCAAAUGAAGGCCUCUUGAAAAAUAGCAAUCAAAGAAGUUUUCUCUCAAAAGAGUUUGAUGCUACGAAAGAACCUGUUCAUCAGUUGAAUGAGCUAAGACUAAUGGAGUGCCCUAUAGAAUUGGACACCGUAUCUACAAGGCAGCUGUUGCUUAAAUCUGUGUCAGCUGUCUGUGCCCAUACAGGUUUUGAAUUUGGCUCAGAUAUUGCCAUCAAUACAUUGACUGAUGUGUUUGCUGAACAUUUCAGCAGAUUUUGCAAGGUAUUGAAGACUAAUAUUGAGAAUCAAGAAGGAGGGGAAUUCAAUAAUGACUAUCUAUACGCAUUGGAGCAUACAUUGAAAGCAUUUGGAAUAGACUGUAUUUCUUCCUUACAACUUUUCUGGAACAAGAAGGUGAAAGAAGUAGCUACCAAACUGGAACAAGAAAGCAUGGAUUUACUUAAUGAGUAUAAUGCACAGAAGGAAACAUCCAGUGAUAAAAGAAAGCCAAUUAAAGAAGAGAACAACCGGAAAUAGAUGGUCAUGGGAAGGCCAUUGGAUAAACAUGUUUGGACUUAAGAAGCAUUGUAUAGCAAAGAGCAAGAUAUAGUUUUUGUCAGGGUUGACCCUAGCUUUGAUUAGGUACUUAUUACGAUGCUUCUAUAUCCCGGGAGAUAUUAGAAGUGAUUAUUAUUGGCCAUUUGGCGUAAAUUUGAUACUUUUUACUAUUCCAGAAUUCUGUAGUGCAACUUGAAUUGCUCUAGCGAUAAACCUAAAAAAGUGACAAUGGUAAAUCUCAGGCUGAGGAACAAUUGACUCGUGCAAGAUUUCUGCGAAAAUAAGAGAAUUUCUUAGGAUUUUCAGGUAAAAAAGUAGUAUUUCAACAAUGAGUGUACGAGAUUUCUGUCGAGUAAUUUGACCCUCGUUCCAGGUCCUAAAAUCCCUGAACACUAGCAUUGCUGCUAUCUAGGUACAUAGAGGAAGUAAAACAGUUGUUUCUAUGUAAUACCUUAGAUCCCGAAUUUCAAUAUAUUUAUUUGAUAAAACAUAGAAACGAUACGAUUGAAGUGUUGAAUAAGAAUUGUAUCAUAAAUUGCGUUGAAAUAUAAUAUUUUCAAUUGAUAUUAUUAAACCGCGCAGUGCAU